GAAAUUUACCCUUUCUUCAAUGCCCAAGCUGAAAUUGAGCCCGAGAGGGAAGGCUGCAGGUUGCGGUGCGGGACAAAAGCAAAUUCCACUCUCGCUGUUGACUGUUGGUAACAGGAAAAUGGAAUCGCAGCAAUUACAGAUGCCGGCGCAGGCACAGGACACCCUACCAUCAGCUACCGCCACCACCACCCCUACUCCAAUCCCCAUCCAAGCUCAGUUCUCACCGCACUCCAACACCACCUGCUGCAACUGCGGUGGCCCCACCGCCUUAGCUCCACCGCCGAAAUGGUCCGACGUCUCCCCACCUCCCAGCUACCGCCCCGUCCGCUCUCCCGCCAUCAACCUCCCUCCAAACUACUCCCAAAAAGCCAUCAUCCUCUCUCCCGUCCCUCAAUCUCAAAAAGUCCUCUCCCUCUCUCCUCCUUACCUCUUCCAAGUUCCAACCAAGAAGAUAACCCACCCGGAUGACAUUCACCGCUUCCACGAGUCUGAUUCCAGCAAGAACUUCCUGGGCUUCAUCGUUGCCCUUAGUGAGUCCAUCCGCGGCCACAAAAUUUCCGAUCAUUGCCACCAAUCUCCAACUGUAAAUUCCAUCGUCUCCCUCCUCGAAACCCUCCUCCGUUGGGUGGACGAGAUUCCCCCGGUCCAGCAGUCCUCCCGAUAUGGUAACUACUCUUAUAGGGUUUGGCACGGACGUAUGACGGAAAAUGCUGAAUCCUUGAUGCUUCAGUUCAUCCCCAACGAUCUCCGAUCUGCCACCCUCGAGAUUGUUCCCUACUUCACCGAUAGUUUCGGUAAUUCGACCCGCAUUGACUACGGUACGGGCCACGAGACCAACUUCGCUGCUUGGCUCUAUUGCUUGGCUAGGCUGGGGCUUCUCAAGGAAGAGGAUUACCAGGCUGUUGUUUCUCGGAUAUUCGUGAAGUAUCUCGAGUUGAUGAGGAAGUUGCAGACGGUUUACUGUCUCGAACCGGCGGGUUCACACGGCGUCUGGGGUCUCGACGACUACCAUUUCUUGCCGUUUAUCUUCGGCUCAUCUCAGUUGAUCGACCACAAGUAUAUGAAGCCCAAGUCCAUUCAUAACCAGGAUAUACUAGAUAAUUUUUCGAACGAGUAUCUCUACCUUUCGUGCAUAUCCUUUGUAAAGAAGGUUAAGAAAGGGCUUUUCGCUGAGCACUCGCCGUUGCUGGAUGAUAUCAGCGGCGUACCCACGUGGAACAAGGUGAACAGCGGUAUGCUUAAGAUGUAUAAGGCGGAGGUGCUUGAGAAGGUCCCCGUCAUGCAGCAUUUCCUGUUUGGAUGGCUCAUUAAAUGGGACUAGGGUGAUGAAUCAGUUUGGGUGGACAUUUGCUGCAAAGUCAAACCAAGGACCAUUCUGCUUCUAUACUGUAUAGUGGAUACGGCUAUUCCUCUUUACUCUCCUCUAUCUUGGCCUUGAAUGGGCCAACUUUGCUUCUACAUGCACCAUACCAUGAGCAAUAAUGAGCCUUCUCCUGGAACGUUGAUAUUGAGUCGCGUUUCAAAGAGAGGAUGGUCAGAAACUCAACAGAAAAGCGAGGUGACACCAUGGGUUUUGCGUGGUGGUUGAAGACUUGAAGGUAUUCUAAAUUCAUUGCAAACUUACAUGGAAGGCAUGCACUUGAGCACAAUCCUUAUUUGUCCAAUGAGACUAAUUCAUAUGUAAUCCCUCAAAUAGUUUUUUUCUUUUCUGUAUUACUUCUACCUCUGCCAAAAGCUUAAAGAGAUCUUACAUAUUUUGUUCCCUCCAA